CAGGCCGAGCUGUCUCUUGUGGGUUGAUUGAAAUUUACAGCUAGAAGCGAGGAUACCCUUCAUUGCUGCAAGUCGCGUGACUAAAGCUGAAGCAAUGGCCUCUCCCAAGAAAGUUUGCAUUGUUGGAUCUGGAAACUGGGGCUCUGCCAUCGCCAAAAUAGUGGGAGCAAAUGCGGCACAGAACCCAAAGUUUGACAGUGUCGUCAACAUGUGGGUUUUCGAGGAGAUGGUCGAUGGACGCAAGCUAACUGAGAUUAUUAACACCGACCACGAGAAUGUGAAGUACCUCCCGGGGCGGAAGCUUCCAGACAAUGUGUUGGCAGUGCCAGAGCUGGUGGAUGCAGCCACUGGAGCCGAUAUCUUGGUGUUUGUGAUUCCACAUCAGUUCAUUGGGAGAGCGUGCGACUCCAUUAAGGGGAAGAUCAAAAAGGAUGCUCUUGGACUGUCACUCAUAAAGGGAGUGGAUGAGGGCCCGGAGGGCCUGAAGCUGAUCUCUGAUGUGAUCCAAGAGAAGCUUGGCAUCACGGUCAAUGUUCUCAUGGGGGCCAACAUUGCCAAUGAAGUAGCAGAUGAGAAAUUCUGUGAGACAACAAUCGGUUGUAAGAACAAGGCUGAUGGUGUUUUACUGAAAGAGCUGUUGCAGACAAAGAACUUCCGCAUCACAGUGGUGGAGGAGUCAGACGUGGUGGAGAUCUGUGGAGCGCUCAAGAACAUUGUUGCGGUGGGUGCGGGCUUUUGUGACGGACUGGGAUUUGGCGACAACACCAAGGCAGCGGUCAUCAGGCUGGGCCUGAUGGAGAUGAUCGCCUUCGCACGCCUCUUCUGCACCGCAGGGCCCGUGUCCUCGGCAACCUUCCUGGAGAGCUGCGGCGUAGCCGACCUCAUCACCACGUGUUAUGGAGGACGCAACCGCAAAGUUUCUGAGGCCUUUGCCAAGACUGGCAAGUCCCUAGAGGAGCUAGAGAAGGAAAUGCUGAACGGACAGAAGCUUCAGGGUCCAGCCACCGCGGCAGAGGUCCAUCACAUCCUCAAACACAAAGACCUCCUGGACAAGUUCCCUCUCUUCAGUGCUGUCUAUGAGAUAUGCUACCAGGGCCGUCCAGUCACAGAAUUCAUUGACUGUCUACAAAACCACCCAGAACACAUGUGAGCCUCCUCAGGAGGCCUGGGCUGCCCACACGCUCUGCCUCCCUCUCACCCUGUGUGUGUGUGUGUGUGUGUAGGCUGAAGCAGGCUCCAUGUCUUUGAUCAUCUGACCAUGGUGAAAUUGAAGUGUAGUCUCUCAGAGCCUCAGCCAUUUUUUCCAUUUUCCUCACUCACACAUACAUUCUCCAGCAACAUGUAUAGUGAAUUGUAGUUUGUCUUCAGAUGGGUCCGUAUAUUCUGUAUGACUGAACACGAUGGGCACCAAUUUGUGUAGAAAGUUGGAAGAGGUGUAUGUGUUUUUAUAUAUGGGUGAGAAUGAGUGACUGAGUAUUGUCGGGCCUCCAACCCUGAGCUGACGGUGAGUAUUGAGUGCUUUCCCGUAAACACUGGGCAACUAUGAGGGGGGCAUCCAUCUCCAGUGAUUCAACUCAACUGUCUAACGCACAAGUUUCACUGGUAGUGCUGGAACCACUUUAAAUCUCAUGCUUGACCCAAUCUCAUGCUUGAUCAUCAGUAUAAACACAAGCCAAUGAAUGAAAGAUCAGUCAAUGUAUCACCACCAUUGUGCCUUGAAUCUUGAACAUGAACAUGUCCUGAGAUGGUACUGUCUCAUUUUUUAAAAAUGUUAUAAUAUGAAUAAAUUAUACCAAUAAAUAAAAACAAAUGUAAGAAUUA